AUGGCACCCUCACUUGUAACUAUUGCCGCCUCUGAGCCCGUUGAGAAGAUCAACGAGAUCAUAGAGCGCGAUGGAGGAGUCAUUGUCUCGGAUUUCCUUUCUCCAGAGCUCUUGAAAGAAUUGAUGAAUGCGAUUGAACCCUUCAUGGCUGGCCGUCAAACGUACGAUUCCUCUGCGACGCAUAGCGAACUCGGGGCCGAUUUCUUCCCAGAGGGCUCUCAACGUGUCUAUGGUCUCUUGGGUAAGAUCCCAUCUCAGAUAUCCCAGAUCAUGCGGCUCCCUGUAUGGCAAGGUGUCAUGGAUCGCUUCCUCAGCGAUGAGUACUCUUCCUACACCGGCGAGACUCUCGUACCCCAGAAGAGCGGAUACAUGCUUGCGUCGACUGCGGCAUUGCGACUCGUACCUGGUGCCAAACCCCAGCCGCUCCACCGCGAUCAGAUCGCCUACCAGGUGCGACCCGACGCAUCAAAUCCUCUUUUCACACCCAUGGUAGGAUGCUUGAUCGCAGGCUCCAAAAGCACAUACAAGAAUGGUGCUACCGCAGUGAUACCAGGCUCACACCUGUGGCCGCCGUCUCGCGCGCCCAAAGUUGAAGAGUGCACAUAUGCUGAGAUGGAACCUGGUUCUGCCCUUUUCACGCUUGGAUCGACGUACCACGGCGCAGGCGAGAACAAGUGUGAGGUAUCGGACCCAAAUGCAUUGCGGACGCUGUUUGCUGUGUUCGGUCAAAGGGACUAUUUCAGACAGGACCAGGACGAGGUUUUGUCGACGCCACUGGAAAUUGCGCGAGGCCUUCCAGAUGAUAUCCUGAAGCUGGCGGGCUACUACAAAGCAGUGGGAGGUGUAGGCUAUGUGGAAGACCAUCAGGGUCCGAUCGAAUUCUUGCACAGAGGUGACAACGGUAUUGGGAAGUUCGGGCCUGUAGCCAAAGUUGCGGUUUGA